AGCUGCGUCAGUCGUCACUUAUGUCACUGUCAGUCGAUAAAUAUCUACGUAAAAUAAAUAUAUAUUUUGUUAAUCAAACUAAAUCAGUUUAGCUUGAACUAGCGCCUACUUUCGUAGUUGUUGUGCAUUAUUUUCUAAUAUAAGUAUCCAAACUCGGUUCAUUACAUGUCUUCCGUGCGUCACACCGAAAAAGAAAAUGUUGUGAAACUAAACUUGUUUCGUUAUUUUUAUUACUUAUUAUGUAAAAAAGCAAUAGAAGAUGUGUUCUUAUAGUGUGUUUUCAUUCUUAAGUAAGUGGCGUUUAUGGAUUAAACCGCUGCUGGUAGCUUUGUACGUGAUACUUAUAAUCGUUUUAGUGCCAAUAUUGAUAGGUCAUUCCAUAAACAAUGGAUUCAGUAAAGCUGAUCAAGGUGCGUUGGUGGGAGGCGGAUUCGUCCUCUUGGCGAUGCCCAUCUCGAUAUGGGAGAUCACACAACAUGUAUUGCAUUACACAAAACCUUCUUUACAAAAACAUAUUAUAAGAAUAUUAUGGAUGGUCCCAAUUUAUGCACUAAAUGCCUGGCUAGGCUUAGAGUUUCCAGAACAAUCUAUUUAUAUGGAUUCUCUGCGAGAAUGCUAUGAAGCAUAUGUCAUCUACAAUUUCAUGAAGUAUUUAUUAAACUACCUCAAUGAAGAUCAAGAUUUGGAGGCAGUACUGGAAACAAAACCUCAAGUUUUUCACAUAUUUCCUCUCUGCUGCCUUGCACCAUGGGAAAUGGGAAGGGAAUUUGUCCACAACUGCAAACAUGGCAUCCUACAGUACACAGUAGUGCGGCCCGUCACCACCGUCAUUUCCAUGAUCUGUGAGCUGUGCAGGGUGUACGGAGAAAGUGACUUCAACCCUAAUGUGGCGUUCCCGUACCUGAUAGCCAUUAAUAAUCUGUCUCAGUUUUUGGCCAUGUACUGCCUGGUGCUGUUCUACAGAGCUAACCGGGUGGAGCUGAAGCCAAUGAAGCCUAUUGGAAAGUUUCUUUGCAUAAAAGCUGUUGUUUUCUUCUCAUUCUUUCAAGGUGUAAUUAUAAAUAUUCUGGUUUAUUGUGGAGUUAUAUCAAGCCUAUUUGGAAUACCAGAAUCGGACACCAAAAUUAUGUCUUCAAAACUUCAGGAUUUCCUGAUUUGCAUCGAGAUGUUCCUAGCGGCCAUCGCACACCACUACAGUUUCUCGUAUAAGCCGUUCGCGAGGCACGAGCCCGACUCGCGCUCUUGCCUCGGCUCGUUCCUCGCCAUGUGGGACGUGUCGGACGUGAAGCGGGACAUCUCCGAGCACCUCGGCGUUGUUGGGAGCUCCUUCAGCCGGCGACUGCGAGGCAAGUCCAUGUACCACUUGACUCGAGGAUACGACGAGAGCUCACGUCUGGUCAACGAGCCGACCAGCAGCUCAGCGCCUAACCUCACCGUGGAGGAGCCGGCCGUGGACAUCCGGCCAUCGGUGUACGGCUCUGUGGACACGACAGUCACUGCUUCCGCCUCCGACUCUGAGCCGCUGCUAGGCUCUGUCAAUGACCCUAAGGCAUGAGUGUGAGCAAUCGCUAAUCGCGACUAAACCGCAAGAAAUUAGACUGAAAUCGCAAGAAUUAAUCGCAGUGCGUUCUAAGCCUUAAUUAUGAUUUAAAAAGGCUUAUUCUUAUUGUUACACGAUUUAAUUCUGCUGUGUGAAGCUCGUUAACGAUUAUAAAUAAAUUUUCUUUGUAACUUAUAUUUAAUAUUUCCUACAUCACAUAUUAUUGCCAAAAAUAACAUUGAUAUUAAAAUUAAGGAUAAUCCAAGAAUAAAUAAAAUGGACUGAACAAAAAACAAGUUACCUACAAACGGUAAUUGUUUAUGAUUUGAUUCGCUAUUUAUUAACUGACAAUAUAUUUUUUACUGUUUAAUUUUUUUUGUAUCAAUGUCACUAAUUUAUUUGGGUGUUUCUACAUUCCAAAUUGUUAAGCAUAAUAUUAUUAUAUAAUUGUAUUAUUUACAUAAGGUCCAAGUUCACUUAGGGACAAAUUUUACUCGAUCUAUUUUAACAUGCUGCAUGGGCUGUGGAACUGGAGGCCUACCGCGAGUACCGCGAACCACUUCUUUCAUUCGUCUAUUUGCCUCUCUACCUAUCGUUCGAAAGUUCGAAUAUGCAAGAACAAUAGAGAGGCAGAUAAUGAAAUUUCGAUGUUCGCGGCAAAGAUAGAUAUAAAGUUAUAUCUAUCUUUGUUCGCGGUAACCGUAUAAAGUACGAGGACAUACAGCGUCAUCCACAUCAGCUGCAUAUUCAUUCGAGAAGGUUUUUUUCUUAUGCGCCUGCUACACAACUGGCAACUAAGUUACCGAUUCCGACGGUACAAAAUGUCACCCAGCGUUUCACGCUACAUGCAAAGUUACGAGAUGAGAAACACCAAUCCUGCUCAAUAUUGUCUCCAGUGAAGCUUGGUGGGAAUGUUUCGCCUUAUGUUCCCGUUACGUUAUUCGUGUUACAUCUCUCUUACCCGAUGAAAUAUGUAACGUUAUUUGUCGAUUAUAGGAUAAUCGAUUAUUUCGAUGUAGUCAAUAAUAGAAUGUAAUUAGGUAACGAUUUAUUUUUCUGUGAGAACAACAUUAGUUAUUUGUUUUGGGGGGCAAAGUUGUUGUUUAACCACUCGUGCUAAUAUUGAUACCCGAGCAAGCGAAAUAAAGUGGAAUCUUGAGCGUUGCGAGGGUCUUGAGGCACGAGGGUUAAACAAAUUUUGCCACCGAGUGAAACACAAAAAAUUUCACCACACCGACACAAGGAAAAUACUUACUGUAAAUAUCAAACAAAAUAGAACCAAAUCAAUUCAAAAUUAAUGUUAUUAAAUAUUUAUCAUUUAAAUGUCAAUUCUACCAGCCAACAUUAGGAAACUCGAAAUUUGCAUUUUAUUACUUUGCCACACGCGUGGAUAAAAUGCAACUUUCUCAUCAGUUUUUGAACAAUCAAAAGAGCCUUUACCAGCUGGUGUGGUGAAAAUUAAAUUUCCUUUAAUACCUAAAGGAAAACAAAGUGAGUUAGAUAAAUACGGCGAAGUGAAUCGUCAAUAAAACUUAUGUAAUAAAUACCUAUGACAUAUUUAAUCACAAUAAGUUGUUAUUCUUUUGAUAAAAGGAAAGAAUGGGGUAAGCUUUGUAUUGUUUAGUCAUUUUAUUAAUUUUU